UUUGCUUUUGUGUGCAGUCGGAAACGGUAAGCAAAAACGAUCUGUUCACACACCGUUUUGGACUGAAUCGACAUUGCUUGAUGACGCGAAUAAAGGCAAUAAUGUUACAAAUAUCAUGGCGGAUCUUUGGAUUGUUGACAAGUUUAUAAGUGGAAGAAUAUGGUGACAAAACGGAUCAGAUCCGAAUAUAUGAAGAAAUUCAAGGAUCCAAAAUGGGAGACUUAUGCAAAAUGUUACGAGGAUUUGGUGAAGUACAGAUUGUCAAGGCGAUUGCUGGAGCAGGCACAUAACCCUUGGUUUUGGGAUGAAUGUGAAAGUGACAACGAUUCCAGUGGAAAAUCAACACCUCUAAGCAAAAAUAAAGUCGAACCGCUGCAACUAGUGGAAGAAACUCCAUCAGAACCAAGAGCAACAAACGAAACAGCAGGUCAAGCUGUCUCUGGACCGAAUGAAACGAAACAUGAAAGAGAAAUUACACAGUCUGUAGAACAAGACACAAGAGACGUUGAACCUCAGGAAAAGCAGGAUGGCAAAAGCUGGGAAUCCCCCCGUGCUGUCCAGCCAGAAACAGACAUCUGUGCCCAGACCAAAGCAAAGGGCAAAUCCCACAAUUCACACAAGCUAUCCAGGUCUAAAACUAAGCAAAAGAUCACUAAAGACAUUGACAAAGAGAGUAAACACCCUUUUGCUAUGUAUGGUGCAGGAGAGAGAUCAGUAGAGAUGGCCUCCAGAAAAACCCAUAAUGUAGGUCCAGCUGCAUCAACCAAAGAGAUUCAUGAAUCUGCAUUACGAGCUAAAACCAGGCGAGAGGUUGAGAAACAUAUGAAGAGAGUUGACAAGCGAAGGGCAAAAUCGGCUGACCAGGAGAAGAUGAACAAAAGCAAAAUCUCACCUGAUUACAACCCCUGGAUGACAGAGUAUAUGCGGUGUUUUUCUGCUAGGUCUCGAUAAUGUCCUAUACACUUAAUUAUAUCACACAAAUUCAGUUAAAACAAUGGACAAACACCUCAGGCUCCAAACACUGUAUGUGAUCAUUGUAUGUUCUCCAUCGCACUCUUCUUGGAGUACUGUCUUGAAGCAUCCAAUUAAUGCAGUUUACCUGUUAAUACCAGAACAAAAUUGCUACUUUUCUAUUUUUAGCUGGUAUUGUCUGCGUAAUUUCCAUACUUUUAAAAAAUAAUGGAUUUUCAGUGUUUUUACAUGUCAAAUUCUAGUGCCACAUUUAGUUACUUGUGCAUACUGAAAGGAAUAGUAUCUGUUCACUAACUGUUAUGUUCUGUCUUAAUCUUAGAACUCAAAUUCUGUUUUAAGGGCACUAGUCUAGAUUAUAGAUGUUAAUAAUGUGGUUCCCAGGAACUACGUGUGUUGGUUUACUCUCUCAUGCAUUCCAUUGUUCAUUCCACAGGGGACAUCUCAUGUCUGGUUUAAUGUGACGAUGUAGUCAGUAGGUAUUUGUUCUUAAACAAAUAUAACACAGUUCUUGUUUUAGCCAGUUAUGGAUAUCUACAACACUUCAGUUGAAUGUUUACAUUUGUACACUCAUCAACUGAUUUUGAAGCCCUUCAUAAGCUGCAUGAAAACAUCCUGGGUCAAGUUCUUUAUCUAUGUUAUAUACAAGUUGAAGAGGGAUUAAUUAGAACAUGAUCCCUAAACUAAACUUUUUUUUAAAAAGACAUUUGUAAUGAGACGCUUAUAAUAACUAUGUAGGACAGUGUUCCUGCUCUGUUGCACUAUUUCAUUGUUUUUGCUUUACCGUCGAUGUAAAUUGACCCAUUUCGGGCUAUUUCUGUCUUAGAACCAGGAAGAGGUUUCUUUUCUGGGCUGGCAGAUAUGAAAGCACAUAAACCGACUCAAAAUCUUUCACAUUUUUACCUAUGUGAUCUUAUUACAGCAUUCAGGGUAGCUCACCAAAGUAAAAUCAUGAAUAACUGAAACCUGCUAAAGAUGUCUAGCAAGCCUUGGGGGCUAGAUUCCCAGAGGAAGAAUGAGAUUCUGCGAUCAAAUGUGACCAAAGGACACUUCUGUGAUGGACAAUAUGUGAGGUGGGAACAGCUGUUGUAUAAUGUAUAGAAAUGGUGAAUACAAAUGGGAUUCUUGGUAGUCAAUAGACGUUUGUAACGGUGCAUUUAAAAAAAAUAAUAAUAAUAAUAAUUCUUUAUACAAAGUCAUUACUUACCAUUGGACACUUCAGAGGAUACAUAUUUUCGUUUAGUAGUGAUCCUUUUAUGGUAUUGAUAAUGAAGCCAUAAUGUUGCUCCUGAGCCACUGAAGCAAAAAGGUGAUUUACUGCCACUGUCUGUAAAGAGUCAAGGAAGCUGCUCUGAAGAACUCUGAAGGGUGUUUUAGAUUUAUUAGUGUUUGGACAUUUGCCUGUGUUAAAUGUACAUAAGUAUAUUGUGUAGAACUAAUAGGAUUCUGCAUCAUAGAAGGCGGAGUAAUGGGACUUUUUCUUAGACUCUUGCAAAGAGAGUUUUUAUAUUAUACAACAUAUUUUAGCAUAACUUUAAUUGGUCAUAGUUUGAUAAAAAGAAUGGCCAAUAAUUGAGGUUUAAAUUUAUAUCUCUUGCUGUUUUUGCUUAGUGAACUUGAAUUAAGUCAAGUGUUUUCAGGCUUUGGACAAAUUGUGUACCUAAUGUAUUAAUAAAUUUAAAAACAAUUACCAUAUUGCAUAUGUGAUAUGCUGUUACUCCAUACAAAACUCAUUUUAAUGUAAAAAGUAUAAAAAGCUAAUCAUAACAGAAGUCGGUGCUUUCUCAAGAGUAUCAGUGAAGAUGAGUUAAUGUGAGGUCACUGUGAAGUUUAUGAUCAUUGUAUUGAUACAGUAUUACUGUGUUACUUCCUAAACAAUCUUUUUUUUUUUAUAACAAAUAUAAUGCCAAGCUUAUGUUCUCAAUAUCUCACUGUUUUAACAGUGAACAAUUUUACAGUGUACAUUGUGAUAUAUGCUUUCAUUAAAACUACAUGCAGAAUAACUCACCCUUAGUUUUAUGACAUCCUGAUGCCGACAGACUUGCUUGGGAUUUCUUAGCCCUUUAGACAGGUGAUCUUUUUGAUCUAUUUAGAAUAAUAGUUUCCUAUACUAUGAAAUAGUAUUUGAUGAGUAGCACAAUUUAUUCUAAAAAGAAAGACUGACUCUCUAUUGUCAGAGGAAGGAACUUGUACCAAUCAUGACCCAUUUUUAAUCAUGACUGAUUAAUGAAUUCAUGGCAGUAUACUCACCAACUUGUAUUUGAAUUCUCUGGUAAAUAAACAUAAGCAAUAAUUAAACAUUUCUGAUAUGAGGAUGUGUCAUUGACAGUUAAAUAACUGCACUAAUUAAACUUGGAUGAAGCAGGAUUUUAAAACUGAAUGUUUUAAUUCUGGUAUCAGUACAAUAAACCUGCCUACCUUUGGUUACUAAUGCUCUUCUCCAUUCACAGGUUUAUUCCCCAAAAUCAAGAAUAAUUUGUAAUCCUAAUAAAUGUAUGUUUUUAAUGAUGAUAACUA